AUGGAAAAUGACUAUGAAACUUUACGACCUUAUCCAGUUGAUCCAUCACAAGAUAAAGUUAUUGAAAAAAUAGUUUUUGCUAAAAGAAAAUUAAUACCGCGAUUAACAUCAUUUUUAUUUGCAAUUUUAACAUAUCCAUUAAAACUAUUAAGUAAAUAUAAAAAUAAAAAAUUAGCUGAAAAAAAUAAAACUAAUGAAGAAAUUGAUGCAAAAGAAAUUCCUCCGAUCUAUAUAUCAACUUCAAAUUCAACAAUGGAUUUAAAAUUUUAUUAUAUUAUUCGUUAUGGUAAAAUUUGGUUUAAACCAAUUGGUGCACAUUGUGAUUCAUCAUGGAAAUUAUUUGGUGAUAAUGGUUUUAUUGAUCAAUUUCAAACUCCAUUAAUAUCAAUAAGUGUUGAUGGUGAUAAUAUUCUAGCUGUUGAUGAAAAUCAAAUAAUUCAUUAUGCUAAAAGUAAUCAAAUCAUAUGUAAAGUUUCAUUUGAUUGUCCACAAUGGGAAAUAAUUGAAUCACGAGUUAAAUGGACACAAAAAUGGUUUAAUAUGGAUGGUGUAUCACUUGUUGUUAAUUUAUUUAAAAAUCCAAUAUUAAAAUCAUUAAAAAAUAGUCGAAAUAUUUGUAUGUCACAUAAAGGACCUGAUACAAUGUAUUAUACAGAUAUGAAAGGUAAAAAACAUCCAGAUCCAUAUGUUGGUGUAACAACAAUUUAUUGUUUGAAUGAAGAUGGUACACGAAUAUUUUUUGCUGAUCCAUGGUUACAAAAUAAAUUUGAAAAUGAAUUAACAACACCUGAAGAUGGACAAUUUAUAGCUGAAUCAAUGGCAACUAGUGGAUCAACAUUAUUUCUUAUUCAACGAGGAAGAAAUGAAUUUGGUAAAGAAAUUAAUAAAAUGUAUACAAGAUUUGCUGAUUUUGAUUCAAUUGGAUCAAAUCCUGCACUUGCAUCAACAUACAAUCCAAAUAAUAAUGUUCCUCUUGUUCGUUAUCUUCCAAGUGAAGAUUGGAUUAGACAACCAUUUAUUAAUAUUCAAGGUCAAGCUCGUUUAACGAAAAAUAUUUCGAUUUAUCAAAUUGGUUGGGGACAAAAUAAUAGACAAUUAAGAGUUCAAGGAACAGAUGCAAAUGGUAAUUAUGGAUUUUAUUUUAAAAAUAUUUAUGAUAAACAAUGGAAUUUUCAAAUAACAAAUGAUGUAAUUAUAUCAGAGAAUGAAUUUUUAUCUCAAUCAAUUUCAUUUAUUGGUUUUGAAAAAGGUCCACAGAUAUGUUUUGAUUACUCAAAUGGUCAAUUUAAUUCAAAUAUAAAAAAUAUUCAUUUUGAAAAUAUAAUUUUAGAAAAAUUUUCUCACCGUGGACUUAAUGAAAGAGGUUUACAUACAAAAUUAAUACUAAUAUUAGAUAAAAAUAAUCAAAUAUCAAUUCCAUUAUACGCACGAAGAGGUUGGAGAAGUCUAAUAGGUUUAUCGAAAUCAAAUCUUUGGAAAUUAGUUAUUCCAUUAGAAUAUUUUCAAAAUGAUAAUUAUCAAAUUCAAUUGAUUUUAGAAAAAAAUUUUCAAAACAAAUUUCGACAUAAUGUUUAUGUUUAUGAAACUAAACAAGAAAUUUUUAUUACAAAUACUUUUUGUAGUCGAACAAAAUUUAAAUUUAUUUUUAAAAUUAAAUCAAUAUAA